CUGAAAGAGAAAUAUUACAAGAAACUGGUAUAGUCAUAUUUCAAGAAAAAUUACUUGAUAUAGGAUAUAGUUAUUAUCCAUCUGGCAACCCAAAUAGAUAUAAUAAUAUAAAUGCAACUGAAACAAAAACAUAUAUACAUCCCUCAUGCAAUCAAACACCUAUGAGACAAGAAGAAAACUGUUCUGAAUAG